AUGGCGUCCGACGAGAUUAUCUGGCAAAUCAUCAACCAGCAGUUCUGCAGCUUCAAGCUCUCGACAGACAAGAAGCAGACCUUCUGCAGAAACGAGUACAAUGUCACCGGCCUCUGCAACCGCCAGUCGUGCCCAUUGGCCAACUCUCGCUAUGCGACGAUUCGCCGCGCCCCCAACAAGGACACGCUGUACCUGUACAUGAAGACGAUCGAGCGCGCGCACAUGCCGUCGAAGCUAUGGGAGCGCAUCAAGCUGCCCAACAACUACCAACAGGCUCUGGAGAAGAUUGACGACAAGCUCAUCUACUGGCCCAAGUUUCUCGUGCACAAGUGCAAGCAGCGUCUCACGCGCCUGACGCAGGUCAACAUUCGCAUGCGGAGGAUAGCGGCGGAGGAGGAGCGCAUGGGCGAGAAGCUCGUGCCCAAGAUGGCGCCCAAGAUCAGGCGUCGCGAGGAGGCGAGAGAGCGCAAGGCGGAGGCGGCGGCGAAGCUGGAGAAGACCAUCGAGCGCGAGCUCGUCGAGAGAUUACGAUCCGGCGCGUACGGCGACCAGCCCCUCAACGUUAGCGAGUCGAUCUGGAAGAGGGUUCUCAAUGCCAUGGAGAAGGAGGGCGAGGGCAAGCGUGACAAGGACAUGGACCCGGGUAUCGAGUCCGAGGAGGAGGCCGACGAGGAGGCUGAGGACGAGUCCGAGGAUGACCUCGAGAAGGAGGUCGAAUACGUGUCUGACAUCGAGGAGAGCGACGAGGAGCUCGAGGAUAUUGAGGACUGGCUCGAGAGCGACGAGGAGGAGGCCGACGAGGACGAGGAGAGCGAAGACUCGGAAGACAGCGACGAGGAGACGGAUCGCAAGGCGGGUGAUAAGCGGAAGCGUGGCAGGGCGGUCAAGAUGAACCAGAAGAGGCUCAAGCAGAAGCAAGCGGAGCGUCCCAAGAUCGCGGAGGAGUUGACCUGGUAG